AUGGAGGCGCCGCGGCAGCUGAACGAGUCGCUCCUGUGCCGGCCCGGCUCGGCUAACGGCAGCGCCUUGAACGCGACCGGCGGCGGCGGCUGCGACCCUUCGCGGAGGCCCCGCGGAGGCGCCCCAGAGCUCGAUCUCACCCUGCGGGUGCUCCUCUACUCGCUGAUCUUCAUCCUCAGCGUCUUCGGGAAUGCGCUCGUCGUGGCGGUCCUAGUGACGAACAAGCGGCUGCGCACCGUCACCAACUCCUUCCUGCUCUCGCUGGCGCUCAGCGACCUCAUGGUGGCCAUCUUCUGCAUGCCCUUCACCUUCAUCCCCAACCUCUUGCGCAAUUUCAUCUUUGGGAAGCUCGUCUGCAAGGCCAUGGCCUAUCUCAUGGGGAUGUCGGUGAGCGUGUCCACCUUCAGCCUGGUGGCCAUCGCCAUCGAGCGCUACAACGCCAUCUGCAACCCGCUGCAGUCCCGGGUGUGGCAGACGCGCUCGCACGCCUGCCGGGUCAUUGCCGCCACCUGGCUGCUCUCGGCGCUCCUGAUGCUGCCGUACCCCGUCUACAGCACCACCAGCGCCCUCCCCUCCCAGCCGGACGUCUCCCAGUGCAGCCCCCGCUGGCCCGGGCACCUCGUGGAGCAGGCCUGGUAUGUGCUGCUCCUCACCAUCCUCUUCUUCAUCCCGGGGCUCGUCAUGAGCGUGGCCUACGGCCUGAUCUCCCGUGAGCUCUACCGGGGCAUCCGGUUCGAGAUGGGCCUCGCCCGGGAGGCCAAAGCUCAGCGGGGCGGAGGCCCCGGCCCUGCGGCCCCUUGCGAGGAGGGGGACGGCUGCUACGUCCAAGUGCCCCGGCCUGCGGGCGGCGCUGUGGAGCUGUCAGUGCUGGUGCCGGCGGACAGCGCCAGGAAGGAGCCGGCCCGGAUCAACAGCUCGGAGGCCAAGCUGGUGGCGAAGAAGCGGGUCAUCCGCAUGCUGGUGGUGAUCGUGGUCGUGUUCUUCGUGUGCUGCCUGCCCACCAACGUGGCCAACACGUGGCGUGCCUUCGACCCCCACGUGGCCAAGCGGGCCCUCUCCGGCACCCCCAUCUCCUUCAUCCACCUGCUCCUGUACACCUCCACCUGUGCCAACCCCUUCAUUUACUGCUUCAUGAACAAGCGGUUCCGCAAGGCCGCGGCCGCCGCCUUCUCUCGCUGCCUCCUGCCCCGCCGCUGGCGCCGCCCCCACCCCCCCGACGAGGAGGCCACCGCUGGGGCAGCCUCCCUGUCCAAGGUCAGCUACACCACGGUCAGCAGCGUGGGGGCGCCCUGA